GCCUCGCAGCCGCCGCCCGGCGCCGGAGGAGAGGGCGGCAGGCGCCCCCCGGGGAAGAUGAAGGCGGAGGGGGGCGACCACUCCAUGAUCAACCUGUCGGUGCAGCAGGUCCUGAGCCUCUGGGCCCACGGGACGGUGCUGAGGAACCUCACGGAGAUGUGGUACUGGAUCUUUCUCUGGGCUCUCUUCUCCUCUCUGUUUGUCCAUGGUGCUGCAGGCGUGUUGAUGUUUGUGAUGCUGCAGAGGCAUAGGCAGGGAAGAGUAAUCUCCCUCAUUGCAGUCAGCAUCGGAUUUCUGGCUUCUGUAACUGGAGCGAUGAUUACCAGUGCGGCGGUGGCGGGCAUCUACAGAGUCGCGGGGAAGAACAUGGCCCCCCUGGAAGCGCUGGUGUGGGGCGUCGGACAGACUGUGCUGACAAUAAUCAUCUCCUUUUCAAGGAUCCUUGCCACACUUUGAGGUUUGUGUGGGAAUGUCCUGCUUCACCUAAGGAAACAGAUGUACAGAUUCCCUGAAAAUGGCAUUGUUAACAAGUGGGAAUGCAAGUGUGCAAGAGCGUGGACCGAGCGGUCGGAACUCGAGGAGGACCGAGGACCUCGAGCUGCGGGGAAAGGUUGCCCUCUGGUGUUCAAGUGGCUGCACUACCGCACUGCACCUUACGUGCCUCCGUCCCAGGCAAGGUGCGUUAAGACACUACGUGAAGCUACACGGAAAAGCACCUUGUUUAGCUGCCUAUCAGGUUAACAUUGGUGUUGAAAUCAUCGUUCUUAACAGUGUUGUGUUCAGGUACAGGAACGUUUUGAGGGAUUGAUAUAUGUGCCAAACUCUUUUCUUUUUGUUAACAUUGAUCAUGUGACAAUUUGCAAGCAUAGAUGUAGAUGAGUGCUGUGAACAUCUUUGACAUGAAUUCAAGUAAUGUAGUAAGAUUUUUGUUUUGUGUCGCUAAAUCCCCUGUGAGUGCUAAAUACGGAAUCGUUUAAUAUGAGAGACAUUAUUUGACUUUUAAUGUUGAGUGUUCUGGGAUUUAGGGCUUUAAUAUGUUUAGGCAUUAUUGUUAUUUAAUUUGUGUGGAAAAUAAUAGUCUUCUUCAUGGAAGACUAGCUAAAACUGUUUUAAGGACUCAGAGUAGAUCUAUAGGGUGCAUACUUUUCACUAACUUAAAUAACACCCUUUUAAUAGUUGCCCUCAUGCAUAAAUAUUCUAUUUAUAUGAAUUAAAAAACUUUAUGGGUUACACACAUUGAUUGUAGUUUGUGUGCCAUGAAAAUAUAAUUUGAAAAAUUUCUUAUAAAUUUUGUAAGAAAAAAGUUUGAAAUGCAUGUUGCAUCUUUGACCCUUCUAAAGAAAGUUCUGGCCUUGUAUCUCAUGGAGAAAACAUUUUUAUAAUUAGUAUCUCAAUGGGAUUAUAUUACUUGUUGCAUAUAUCUUGAUUUUUGAUGAAACAUAAAUGGUCUUUCAUCCUGGAGUAUUAACUAUUUUUAGAGAGUGGCCUAAAUUAGGCACUGGAAAUAAAAAGCCUCAUUUGUAGAUAAAUAAUAAGUAAAUUAUAUUGGAAGAAUAAUAAACAAUUUUACUUUGGAUAUGUGGUACCAUCAUAAUUUUGCUAAAUAAAAAUUGGGAAUGUAGUAAAUAAUUUUAAAAUUGGCAGUUAGUCUCAGCAUAUCAAUAUAGUACUGAACACAUAAAAUGAUUUAUUUCAGUUCAGUUCUUGAUUUAUGCCAUUAGGUUAUGAUUUAAGUUCACUAGAAGAAUCUAUAAGGGCAUUUAUUAAAAAUGGAAAUGUCCUUUGUAUAAAACAUUUUCAGAGGUUUCGGCAAUACAGUUGUUUUGUAAGAGUACAGGAAGUAUAGGGGAAACACACAGCCUGGCCGAUUUGGUCUCCUAAUGAGAUUUUUUUUGUUACCAGGUGCAGUUAUGAAUGUGCUAAUUGAAACAAAGAGCUAUUGCAGAGAAUAUGAAGUUCAGGACAAUGUAAAAAAUAAUCUGGCAACCUAGCCUCACUGUUUAACCUAAUUUGGUAUAAUAGUGGCCUUCUGUUAGGUCUCCUUCAAAUUUUACAUCUUUGUUACCCACACUACUUUUUCUCCACCAAAAACAGGGUAUAUCAACAACUUACAAAUGAGGAGUUGGGAAGGGCAUACUUUUACCAGUAUGGAAGCCAAUUUGGGGCAAUUUACUAAAACACUGAGGCUUGGAAAAUUUGUUUUUCUUCAAAAAAAAAACAAUAA